GUCAGUCACACGGUGGGGGGUUGUUUUCCUCCUUCCUGCGGGCGGUCCGGCAGACAAUGGCCUCCGCCGGCCGGGCCGGGCUGUAAGCGGCGCCCGGGGGAGGCUGUCGGGACGAGGCAGGCUGGGUCUGCCGGCCGGAGCUCGGCUGCAGAGCGGGGGCCUCCCCCGUGUGAGCGGUUCCAGUCCUGGGAGCGCCGGGCUUGUCUACACUUAGAACACUUCAGCUGCGCUGCUUCAGCACUUCAGUAUAAACACUACCUACCCCAAUGGGAAGGAUUCUUCUUUCAGAGAGGCCGCAUUUGGAGCGGAAGAUGAAAAGGUCUGAUCAUGAGAGAACAUAUCUACAUGUCUCCAUGAUUACUCAUCAGUAAGCACCUUCUAUGACACCACAGGAUGGAUGUGGAAGUUGACUGGGAGUCUGAUAAUGACACUUGUGACACCGGUGAGGAGCAUUCAGAUGACUCCAGCCAUAUCUCUGAACGGAUGGGUCGCAAAGCCAGCCUCCAGCUGGAGGUAGAGGAAGAUUACUCACCACCAUCUAGUCCUGCUUGCAGCCUUGCUGGACCUUCAGUUAGACAGGAACUCCCUGUAGAAUUGCAGUGUGAAGAGGAAGAAACCCACGAAAACUACUACCAGAAGCGUGAUUCAACCACCGCUGCAGUAUUUGUCACCUCCAGUACCAAUUUUGACUUGCAAUGUGAAGAUGAGGAUCUGGAGCUUUACUCCUCUGAGCACUCUGAGGAACCUCAGGGAGGUCUAAGUGAGGAUGAUGAAAACAUCAUUCUUAUUGAUGCCUUUGGUGAGGAGGACCUGGAGCCUAUCUCUGGAGAAUCUUUACCUUAUAGGUGCAAGAAGUGUGGUGUUUCUUUCCAGGAUUUGGGUGAGUUACAGGAACACAAACAGAUCCACCUGACAGAGCAUUCAUACCGAUGCCCCAUCUGUGGCAAAGAGUUCUUCCGUGCUGCGAACUUGCGAAUGCACAAGCUCAUUCAUUCUAGUGACAGACCACACAAGUGUCCGGAGUGUGACAAGGGGUUCAUCCGCACAGCUGAUGUCUGGAGGCACCUACGCAAUGUCCACAAGAUUGAACGUUCAAAAAUUUUGGGAAAUGGUAUGGUUAGGAACCCAUGGUCUUCAGUGCACCAGAACCAAAAUGGUGGCGGAGAUACCUAUCAGCAGUGUUCAGAUGACCAAAAGCCUGGAGGAGAACAGCCUAAACCUUACGUUUGUCCGACAUGUGGCAAAGGUUUCCAUAAACCUAAUUUGCUGUCGAAACACAAGGUGAUCCACCGACAGGACAAACCAUAUCAAUGUCAAGAAUGUGGAAAGUCCUUUAUCCAGCUGCUCAGGUUGAAAAGGCAUCAACAAACUCACUCUGGAGAGCGCCCUUUCUACUGUGAGGAGUGUGGUGGAACCUUCACGCGGCUGGCAUCACUACAGCGUCAUCAGCGAAUCCAUACUGGAGAAAAACCCUACUCUUGUUCUUACUGUGCUCAAGACUUCACGGAGUCAGGCUCCUUGAGGAGACAUGAGCGCACUCACCAAGUGAAGACGUCUUAGAGUCAAUAGUACCUCACCUGCUGUAGUGGUGGUUUUGUUUCCCUUCUUACCUGAGUGAAACCUCUCCAUGCUUCUUAAGAAAUCUCUAUACUCUAUGCACAUAGGUCAUUCCACAGCUACCUUCCCCAAAUAUUGCCAAUAUGACUCUAAUAAGGAAGCAGAGCCUCAGGAGGAACUCCAUGAUCUCAACAAAUAAAGACAUAAGUGAAGAGGAAAAAGCUGCUGUGCCACUGAAGAAUGAGGUUAGAGAAGCUGUAGGACAAAUGUGGAGAGUGAAGCCCCUUGGAGGUGCUGGACAUUGUCAUAAGUAGCUGGAUUUCUUUUGGGGUGUGUCAGAUUGAGUUUUUCCCAAAGAUUGAUGUGUUAAAUAGAGCUUUGGUGCAGUCCUGACCCUGAACUGAUGGGUACUGCUGUCUAGAAAGUGACUGCUCUCCAGCAGUGGAUUUGGAGAUCUGUCAUUGCAGGCCAUUACCAGGACUGCACAGUUCUUAGUCAGCUGUAGCCCAUCCGCACCUCUGUGCAUUCUUUCAUGGUUUUUAGUGAAGUACCUUUAUUUGAAAGAGAAGGAUCAUGUCAGUUGCAAAAUAAUAAUAUCCAGGACUUUAAUAAACUGGAAACUUAAUUAACAAUUGCGCACACACUUGCUUAUGUAUAUACUGAUCCUUCAUAAUGUGCUUACGUAACCCAUGUCACCUGUAUGUAUAUUGGUGCAUGGAGAGAGGGUUGGAUGGCUCGCUGUGAUGAAAACAUAUGGGAACAGUGGGUUAUCUCUGUGGAUCUGUGCCAUUUGUGUCUAGGUGGAGAGGUUUUACCUUGCCCAGCUAUUGUGUUACAGUAACAAAUGUUUUAGAAUUUAAAAUCACAAAAAUGCUAAUUUAAAAAAAAAAUAAGGAAAAUAGUGUUGUUUUUUACACUGUUUAGUACUUGGAUUAAAGGUUCCUGAUUCUAGCUCUGACUCUAGAAGAUCCAAUAUGGUAAAUAGCAUCUGUCCUUAUCACAAAUUCUGGGGCAUUUUUAAGGCAAUUUAAUUUUCUUUUUUGAACAGGCUAAUUAAAAAUCCUCAAUUUUGCGCUACUGAACCCUUAAAAUAGCAUGCCUUUGAAUUUUUAAAACAUUCUUUUUUAAAAAUGUGAUGACUUCUGGCUUUUUCCCCCACCUUGUUUUUUGAGAAGGGUCUUUUGGGUUGGCCUAAGAGGAACACCUCUCCUUCUGCAUGCUCUUUCAUUGUUAUAUGUGUACACCUAUUUGCUGACUGUUCACUUUUCAUUUUGGCUCUGCUUCUGCUGUUACUGCUAAAUACCCGGUUUUUUCAAAGGUCUGAGAAUGUUGUUCACAAAAACUGCAUACGGUCAGGUUCACUAAAUGUUGUCAAAUGCACAGAUAAAUAAACAAAAAAAAAGUGAACCAUCUCUUUUCAGUCGUAGUAAUUUUCGGGGUUUCUUGUAACUAUAGUAAGAACGAUUACAUACAACAGUUUUGUAAUUUCAAGUUGAUAGUGUCUCCUCAAUCACUCAGCUAACCACUGAUACCAUUAUGUAAGGCCUUUUUAUAUAACAUAAUAGUAGGUAGGGACUUGAGUGAGGGAGCUUCCAAAUUUGGAAGCAUGCCAACUGCUCCUGUAGCUGUCUGUAUAAUGGGAAUUGUGGGAGCAUGGUGAUAAGGCAGGUGGCCUUCAAGAAGUUUCCUGCUGCAUUACCCAUGGUUGUAGGAGCUCUUCUAGAGUGGGAUUGAUCUGAAUGAUGAAGUGAAAACACCCUCACUACUCUUUUGUUCACAAACCCUCCUUCAUUUAGUCUGUUGCACAUCUGGUUACAAAACACUUACUUAAGAUGAACACUUUAGCUCUAAACUUCCUUAUAAGCUUAUAUUACACGCACUGGUAUUCUCAUAUUCCUUAAAUGCAUUGUUUUAGAAUUGACUCAAGCUCACGCCUAGUGGCUUUGUUCUACUUGCCAUGAAUGGUUGUGGAUGUAGAUGGAGCCAGACAUGAAAAAUUAUUUUCUACUGUCCUCUUGCUCCAGCUGAUAUACCUACCAUCCUUUGCAAUACUUGCUCUGCCCCUUAGGCUAGGUUGAAACAUGAAUCUUAGACCUAGCUGCAGUAUCCAGGGAUGGUAUUUUUUUAAAUUUAAGACCAUUCUUUAUAUACAAGUUAUGUGUCUGUGUUGCUACAUUGAGGCAUCUGUGUAUAUCCACUUGGUUCCCUUAGCUUUGCAGAGGUGUCACAUGAAAUAAUGCCUCCUAACUUUUUGAAAGCCUGGUUGCCAUGGGGAGUUCUCAGCAUUCUGUUUGCAUUUUUACAGAAUGGAAAUACAAAUGUUUACGGCCAUCAGAAAAUAUUCCCCUGCAACAGUUAAUGGCCCUGCAAGGAGGAGACUAUGCAGUCAGACCUAAAUCCUUGAAUUGAUUUCUGAUCCUGUCUUUAGCACAAGGCUGACAGAAGGAAAAUGUUUGCAUCAACUUUGUUCACAGUAUCUAGACUGCUUGGGGGAAAUAAGGGUGUGGAAAAUCAGUUUGUGACCUAUUUCUUCCACUUACUAGAGUAAUCUUCUGAUGAGAAAGUAGGCACUAGAGUUGAAUACAGACAUCCGAAUGUGACUUUUCCUAACCAAAAUCGUACAACCUGAACUGUUUUGACUCGAUAGCUAAAACAGUCCAAGCACUCACUUAUUUUGUCAAUAAAUAUUGUGCAGCAUGCUGAGGGGAGGGAGAGAAGCGCUGAGGUUGAAGCAAGAAAUUCAUCUUUACGUGAAAGCUCAGAACUUCUGCUCUUGAUCUAAAUGGAUAGCAACUGUAUUAAUGUGCCAUGGAUGAAAAUAUAUAAGCUCUUCAAAAAGAUCAGUUUUCAUAAAGUGGAAAGGGGCAGAAACACCAUGGCUUUGGUUGAAGUGGAAUUAUUAAAUCUGGAUAAAGAAGAACUGUGAGGUUUUGGUAGGUUUCCCUACAAAUGGUCAUCCACCAGUGAUGGAAAGGCCACCUGUUUCUGUUAUGAGAAGAGAAAUCACCAUCUGUGUAUUUAUCAUGCUGAUGGAAGGACACACAUGAUUCUUCAGGGAAACCUGUAACUAUGGUACUCCCCAAUAUUAAUUUCCAUUUGGACAAAAUGGUGAAAGUUCUAGCUCUGUAGUGUGGCAACCUUUGUGGUGAAAUUUACAAAUGGACAGAAACCUGUCCUGUUAUAGCCGUCUGUUAUAGUAAUCGUCACAAUUGGGAAUGGCUAUACUGGGUCAGACCAAAGGUCUGUCUAGGAAUUAGUGUUUAUACGUACCAACCUCUCAUUAACAUGCAUUAAGAAAGGCAUAGAAUAUAGUUUCCUCAGUGUAUUGAGGCCUUGAUUCAAGAAAGUAGUACAUGCUUGACUAUGCAUGAGUGAGAGUCUUAUUGACUUCAGUGGGAUCUUAGCUAGAGAGGGCAGGCAUCACCAAAGGGAAGAGGGAUAAAACGGGCCAGUGACCUUUCCUCUGCUCCCCAGAGGUUAAGGAGAGGGAGACUACACAGCCAAAUUUUGAAGUAACAUUCAUACUGGGCAAACACUAUCCCUGACUACAUUUUUUUCAAUCUGAGGGUGGGGGGGAGGAGGUAGAUAGUGUGUGGCUGUGACCUAGGACAGCAGCUUGUGAUUGGGAGAGCAGGAAAAGAAAGUUUGGCGUCAUGGUGCCCGUUGGUGUAAAACUAAGAAGAACACUGAUCAAGGAUCUAGAACAAUAUUUUCCCAGGCCGGGGGGCUUGUCUGUGAAGCACUAACUCGCAGGAAGCUCUUGUUUAGCCCAGGGCCGGCUCUAGGCAGCAGCCAAGUAAAGCUGGUGCCGGGACGGCAAGUCAGAAGGGGUGGCACUUCGGCUGUUCUGGGGGUGGCACUGGCACUCCUUCCUCGGCGGCCCUUCGGUUUAUUUUUCUUUGGCGGCCCUGAGUUCAGCCAGGCAGCGGAUGCAGUCGAGAAGACAGCGACGUGGAAAGAGACGAGAGGCUGGCAGAGGGCGAGGGCCGCAGGUUGGAAGCGAUGCCCACGGCUGAUGCGAGCACUGGGAGGGCUAAAGCUAAUGAACAAGUGAAAACACCGGACGCCAGAUCUGUCUAUCCAGCAGCGACAGGGGCACCCCCUCUGUGCAUACCUCCCCCUGCCUCGGGGCUCCCUCCCGCUCUGUUAACCGCCUGCCUCUCCGCCCGCCCGGCCGGGGGCGCUAUCCCCACGCCCAGCCCCCAGAGCUGCCUGAAGCCUGGGCGUCAGCAGUCGGGCAACCGGCUUCGGUACGGACAAUGCGCAUGCGCUGCUGCAGUUACGCGCUUGCGCGCUAGGGCGGAGGGUCGGGGGAUGUAGCCCGCCCCGUCCCUGGAGCCGCUGCCUGCUAACGGGACUGCAGGGAGCUGUGGUGGAGGCAGCUGGAGGUUACCCAAGAGUGUGGAAGAUCCUGGAGAGCUUCACAAUAACGCAAGUUAUGAUGGCAGGCUGGAGGUGGCUAAAGAAAUCACAAUGCUUUCUUGUUCUUGGUGAUUUGAGAGUGAACAAUAUGAGCUUCUGCAGUUUCUCUCAGCCCUCACCCCACACAUGGCUGCUUACUGCUAUAUAGUUGGCUAUUUGGUGUGCCUGAUGUUGCUGGUGUUUGCUGCAUGAUUAUGUGGGAGGGCUGAGAUUGGAGUUGAGAAUGAGAUGAGCCAAUCAUGAAGGACUAUAAGAACAUGGUAUACUUGCAUCCACAAUAAGCCAUAUAUAAGCCCCAUGUACGACACCACAGGAUGGAGGUGAAGGUGGUCUGGGAGUCCGAUAACGACACUUAUGACACAGGUGAGGAGCAUUCAGAUGACUCCAGUCAUUCCUCUGAGCGGGUGGGUCGCAAAUCUAGCCUCCAGCUGGAGUUAGACUUAGACUAUUCUCAACCAUGCAGUCCUGGUUGUAGCCCUGCUGGACCUUCAGGUAGGCAAGAACUCCCUGUAGAAUUGCAGUGUGAAGACGAGGAAACCUAUGUGACCUACUACCUGAAGCAAGGUGAGAUUACAGCUGGAGUCUUUGUCACCUCCAACACCAACUUUGACCUGCAAUGUGAAGAUGAGGAUCUGGCGUUCUACUCCUCUGAGGUAUCUGGGAGGGUUAAGUGAGGAGGAUGAAAAAAUCAUUCUUGUUGAUCCUUUUGAUGAGGAGGACCUGGAGCCCAUCUCUGGAGAAACUUUGCCUUAUAGGUGCAAGAAGCGUGGUGUCUCUUUCCAGGAUCUGGGUGAAUUACAAGAACACAACCAGGUCCUCCUGACAGAGAAUUCAUACGUAUGCCCCAUCUGUGGCAAAGAGUUCGCAACAUUGAAGAACUUGCGUAUGCACAAGCUCAUUCAUUCUAGUGACAGACCACACAAGUGUUCUGAGUGUGACAAGGGUUUCAUCCGCACAGCUGAUGUCUGGAGGCACCUACGCAAUGUGCACAAGAUUGAGCGCUCCAAGGUAGUUUUGGGAAAUGGUAUGGUUAGGAACCGAGGGUCAACAUUGCACCAAAACAAGCAUGGCAGUGGGGACGCUGACCAGCAGUGUUCAGAAAAUAAAAAGCCCAUGGGAGAAGAGUCUAAACCUUACAUCUGCCCAUUUGACAUGUGGCAAAGGUUUCUGUAAACCCAAUCUGCUGUCCAGACACAAGGUGAUCCCACAUUCUUGACAUUUAUGUGGUUUGUCCUGUCGGUGGAAGUCCUUUGUUGAGCGGCUCAAGUUGAAAAGGCACCAGCAGAUUCACUCUGGAGAGCGCCCUUUCUACUGUGAGGAAUGUGGAAGGACUUUUACACAGCUGGUGACACUACAGUGCCAUCAGCGGACCCAUACUGGAGAAAAACCCUAUUCUUGUGCUUACUGUGGUCGUCGCUUCACAGUGUCUGCCACUCUAAGGAAGCAUGAGCACACACAUAAAAUGGACAAAUUGUAGUAUUUAGUGCUCCAUGGUUGUUGUCACUGUAGUUUCCUGUUACCUGAACAAGACCUGCUCAAGACUGCUAGAGAAACUACCCCAACCUACACACACAUGUCAGUCCACAGCCCCCUUCUCCAACGAUGGCCAGCAUGACUCUAAUAAGAAAACAUUGCCUCAUGAGGAACUCCACGAUGUCCACAAGUGUUGACUGGCCCUGCACCUAUCCUCUGGAGUUACAAGAGGAAAAAGCUCCAUUUCCAUUAAAUAAUGAGGUCAGUGAAGUCAAAGGAGGUAUAUGUAUAUGUAUAUGUGGAAGUGAAGUUCCUGGAAGGUAUAGGGCAUUGUCAUAACUAGCUGGACUUUUCUGUGGGUGCAUCGAGUUGAGCUUUUUUUCCAGGACUGAUGGGUUAAAUGGAGCCCUUCUGCAGUCCCGGACUCUGAACUGAUUGUGACUGCUUUCCAGCACUUGAUCUGGAGAUACGUCAUUUUUUUUGCCUUUGCUAGGACUGUCCAUUUAAUCAGAGCUGGCCCAUCCAUACCUUCUCUCUGUUUAUUUUGUCAUGUUUUCUAAUGAAGUAUCUUUAUUUUGAAGAGAAGAAUUGUGUGGUUUGUAAAAAUCCAGGACUUUAUUAAACCGGAUAAUUAAUUCAGUUGCA